AUGAUCCAAACUGAAGGAUUGGAAGGCAGAAGGGGCUACCUUAAACAGUAUGAAUCACACUCUAGAAUCUGCACUAAGAUCAGAAGCAGAAAUCAGAGCCUGGAGAAGAAGGCCACAAUUGUAAUCCCCAGCAUUGCAUCAAGUACUACAAGCACAACCAGGGAGGAUCAGAACUCAUAUUACAUGAGAAUUCUACAAUUUAAUCUCAAUCAUUAUGAGCAUACAAACCAUCUCCUUUGGCAGACUGUGGAAGACCUAAGGGUUGGUAUCAGGAUGACUCCUGGGUUUCUGAUACCACAGGAAGAGCUGUGCAUUUGGUCAGCAUGCUAUAAAGGAAAUGGCAUAAGCCCUCUCAAACGGGUUUAUCUGGGCUAA